AUGGAAGCGUUUAGUGUGCGUAACUCAAGCUGCAAAGUCAAUGAUUCACGAAAUGAAUCUUCUGAAACUGAAUAUGAAGAAACUUUUUUCCCUUGGCCACUGACUGUGAUAUUGUCCUUCAUGUGCCUGCUGAUUAGUGCGGUAAAUGGUUUGGUGAUCAUCUUAAUUCACAAAAAGAAGACGCUGAGAACACCUACUAACAUGUUUCUUGCUUCUUUGGCCACGUCUGAUUUGUUAUCUGGUCUGGUGGGAAUUCCUCUCGCUCUUAUAUGUUUAACAAGUUUUACAAGAUAUUUUCUCAUUGUUUGUGUGCUGUCUACAAUCUUCAUUCGAUUUACAGCCAUUUCUUCGGUAUGUAAUGUUCUGCUUAUCGCUUGUGACCAUUACAUUUUCAUUAUUCAUCAAAUGAGGUAUCAUUCUCUUGUAUCAAAUCGCAGAGGAAUUGCUGCCAUUGUGGCCAUAUGGUUGAUUGCAUUUGCAGCCUCAACUAUUCAAAUGUCUUGGCACAGUUUUGAUGAGGAAACAUUGACAACAAUUGACGAAGAAACAGAGAGCAUUGAUAUCAAAUACAGUCUGGCUUGUAUAGCCUUUUUCUUUGCAUUUCCUCUGAUACUGAUGUGCUAUAUCUAUGGAAACAUAUUUUAUAUUUCAUUUAAGCGUCAUCAAACAGAUCGCAAAUUGAACAAGGAUCUCCGGCAGCGUUUUCGACCUCAACGUCACGAGUGGCGAGGACGUAGUGUUUUAUUAAUAACAUUAAUAAUCUUCGCUGGCUGUUGGUCGCCGUACUUCCUAACAGUGCUUGAUGAACAUACGGAAUCAAUCGAUUUUCAACUGCCACUCUGGGUGCAGCGCCUGCUUGUGUUUCUCAACUUCGUGCCUGCCAUGUUGAAUCCCAUCCUGUGUACAUUGGCCAAAAAGGAUUUUCGAAAAGCAUUCAAAGAAGUUAUUUUGCGAAGAGAAUCUUCAUAUCUAAGUGAUGCAAACGUCAAUUUUCACGCUGCCAGCCAGCGAAUAGCUAAAAAGCGUGGGUAA